AAUGUACAUAUUUUCAGUGUGGAAUUUUGCUGCCCAUUUGCCCAGCUGCUUGAUGGAUUUUGAUGGCGCGGGGCUUUGAAAUGGAAAUUCCCUUUCCACAACAAAAUGGCAUGCUACGAUGAAAAUGGGAGUUUGGAAGUCUUGAAUUCACAUCCACUUUUCGGUAUUUUAAGAGAAAAUGUUAAGAAUUCUACAAAUCCGGAUGAUUCUGAAGAACUCAUGGCCGUUAAAGAUGGGGAUUUGUACGUGUGGGAUAAAGAACAUCUGCAUCUGCUUACAGCAAAUCUGAAAGUAUUCGUAGGCCCAACUGAUGACGAUAUUGCAACGUUCAGGUACCAGAUUCUUCUUUGCACAAAUGCACCAAUCUUCGAAAUAGAAAGUGUUACACUCAAUGAGACUAGUGAUUAUGUUAUGCUGCACGGACAGAAGGGUCUAGCAGUGUUAGCUCUUCCCAGACGUUAUGGAAAAAACAGUGAAUUUGAAGGUGGAAAAAGAAAGAUUAAUUGCAGGACAAUGAUAAUUGCUGAACGAUUGUUUAUUAGUAACCCAUCACUGAAGCUCCUAGAAGCUAAAUGGCACCCAGGCAGUGAAACUGGCAUGCACAUUUCAAUUCUGACAUCUGAUAAUAUUCUAAGAAUAUAUGACAUCCAGGCCCCUCAGCGACCUGUCCAGACCCACUACUUGAGUGAGGAACCAAGUCCUUGCUUGUCUUCAGGUUCUGCAUCUUUCCAAGCUGCAUUAGGAGAGGUGGCAAUUUCAUUUGAUAUUGGUCCACCACAGAAAGUGAUCACUCGACGGUUUGGUCUGCGAGGCCACCAAAAAACUCUAAUAUAUCCUAUCUAUAUCUUAAAGGGGAAUGGAGAUGUAUACCUACUACCAAACAGUUUAAAAGACAAAAGGUAUGUAGACACAAGAUUGCAGGGUCCGUUAGCAAUGUACCCACCUGCUGAGGACAACUAUGGACUAGAUGCCUGCGCAUUGCUGUGUUUACCUUGUAAACCACAUGUCCUAGUGGUUGGCACUUCCUCAGGCCACCUGCAUCACUGCUUAGUAUUGACUACAGAAGAAGAUGAUGAUGAGAAUGUGUCUGUAUCAUCUGUUGAUUCUGGUCAUUUAUCAACACACGUAACUGAAUGUGAUUCUUCUCUCUACGUCUAUGAGACAAUUGAACUUCCAAUGAGUCCAAUCCUAUCAGAUGAUUAUGACGAAGAGAGCCCUCAUCCUGUUAGACUCCAUCAAGAUAAUGGAAAUGCAUCACGGUACUACUGUACCCAUAAUGCUGGUGUGCAUUCUGUGUCUCUUCCCUGGGCCAAGAAGCUACAGCAGUUUUGUACUGAAGAAGGAGAAAAUGAUGGCGGUGAUUUGCUGCUUGCAUUACGAGAAGAUCAACCGUGUCGUGUAGAACACUUAGUCUGUACACAGCCUAUUCCAACAAGCCCACCAUCUCCAAUCCUAGGCUUAGCUGUAGUAACAGAUCAGUUACUAGGCAACCACCUUCUCUGUCUGACAUCAAGUUAUGAAUGCCUUUCACUUCCUGUUUCACUUGAGGAAUUUGAACCUCCUCCUGAUCUUCUGUUUGAAAUGCCAUCAGGUGUUGUGAGGUCACCCCUUAAAAGGCCAGACACCCAGCCCUUUCAGAAUAGCAUCAAGAGCCUAUUGAAACGAAGUUCAACAAAUCCAAUUCUAAGAUCAAGUACAAAAGCAAAGCUAAGUCCUAAUGAGUGUUUUAUGCUGCUGGGGCAAGCCACUAAAGUUUUACGAGAAGAGUACAUCCUGAAACAGGACCUAGCAAGAGAAGCCAUCGGACGAAAGGUGAAAAUAUUACAAGAACAGAAACAACAGCAACAAAAUGAUUUGAAAGAAUGUGAUGAUUUGAAAGAAACAUUAGGGGCCAAAGCGGAGGAGCUGGCAGACAAAUAUGAAAACACCAAAGAAGAGCAGAAUCGUUUAGUUGCACGAAUUGGUAGUCUUUUGCGACAACUACAGAAUCGUGUGCCGGUGCUUUCUGAUGCAGAACAAAGCAUGAAAAAAGAACUCGCGACUAUGGAAGAGAAACUGAAACAUGUCUCCAACUCGUUAGAACAGGUGAAAUUAAAACAUAGUUAUCAAAAAAGAAGCAUGAAGAAAGAUGCAAAAGAGCCACAGACCCCUGUUCUGAAUGAGAAUCAGACUAGGAAGUUAAAGGGUCUUAUUAAAGAAGAAGGUGAAAGCAUUGCAGGUUUGGUGAACAAAGUGAAGGAUAUCUCAAUACAUUUAUAGUAUCAUCAUCUUUCCUAGCAAGCAUCUGGCACAAAAUCUUGUUUAAAAUAAAUAACAACAAUAGAAAUACUGUAACACUGUAUAUAUUUCAUACCACUGCAGUCAAUAAGUCAACACAAUGUGUAUGUUGCUAAGCAUACAGCAGAACCCCUCUUAAGCAGAUAAUCUUUGAGACCACAAAAUUGUCCUCUUAAUAGGGGCGUUCUCUGAAUAGGGUUUGGCCAUAAUCAUAAAAGAUGUAUGUUGUCCUUGUAAAAAUGCCUCUUUAAUAAGGCACUUUAAAAGGUGAACCAAAGGAGGGAUUCUACUAUAUUGUAUAAGUUGUAGGAACAUUUGCUUUCAACUUCCUGUAUGUAUGUCCAUAUGUACGUGUCAUAGUAUACCCAUUACACUGAGUUUGGAAACAAGUGAACUCAAAAUCUGCCAAAGUAUAGUAUAGUCAUGAUUUUUCUAGAGAUCAACAACAUGGUAAAGUUUCAAGUCAACAUUUCCAGAUUCAGAUGAUGAAUCUAAAUAAUUUUUCUAUAAUCUAACUUUUCUGUAUUUAUACAGUGAUUUUUAACUUAUACCAUUAAAAUUAUUGUAUAUAAAAUGGGCUUGUUGAAUACUAUAUGAAUGUCUUUAAUGUAUCGUUAGAAUACAACAGCUUGUCAGAUUAAAAUAAGUCUAAAUUAACAUGUCUUUAUUUAAAUAGCUGCUGAAUAUAACAAUCAAAGAAUGCAUGCAAGACAAGAUGUAGACAAAUAAAGCUUCUGUUGAACAUAUUGGCACAGUACAAUAUUUUUGUAAUGUAAAAUUCAGGCUACAUUGGUAAUUAUAAACAUUAGUGUAUUAUUAAUAAACCAAUAUCUAUAAUUA